AUGCCCGAAUUUGUCGAGGACCCCACGCCAGUUUUUGGGCUUGGCUUUCCCAGUCGGGUCAUGGCUCGAUCCUCCUCGACGACUACUUGUAUCGAAAAUAGCAAUGAGAACCUCUGUGAGAAACCGGCCGCCAACACAGGCAUCACCAUUCCUGUUGUGCUGGGUUGCGUAAACAUGAAGAAGCUGAGGAGCGAGGACCAGAACGAUGCCCACAAGUCCUGGGACUUUGGCAUGACCAUGAACCAGGCUGGUGUUCAGGGGGCGAGACCGAAGCGCAAGAGUGUCUUUGGCCUCAACGGAGAGAAAACUCCCGGGCAGCGUCAGCUUUCGAUCGAUAUGAACUUGUCCAGCCCGUAUCUGCUUCCGCCCGAGAUACACAACUCCCGCGAUACGCUCAGCACGCUGGCCCGCUCCAUUCAUGAAAAUGAAGACCCGUACCGUCCGGUGACUUCGUACGGUGCGAGCGACGGAGCAUCGCUUCGUUCUUACCAGAAGGAUACCCGAGCAAAGUCCCCAGGCGUCCCUCCUCCGUACCCGGACAAGGAGACGCAGCCGUUUUCGGUGGCUGUGCCGAAGAGUUCGCUUGUGAAGGACUCGUUUGCCAAGGAGACAAUGGCGGAUAUCGACAGCGUCAAGAAAUCACGAUUCGAUAACUCUGUCACCGUUACCGAGCUUCAGAUUCCUGCCACAGCCGCAUCGAGACUUUCCCAGCCGAGCACCCCGGUGUCGCCUCGUCCACGGGACCUCGAUCUGCCCAAGCUUGCUAGCCCGCAGUCGGAAGCAGGCGAAGAGCUGUUUAUCUACGACAAGCCGGCCCCAGUCAUACACGACGACGCUCGCAACCGUGCCGACUCUGUUCCAAACUCUCGUUCAAACCAUCAGUCUUCUGCCGGUCAAUUCGCGUUCAACGUCACGUCUAUCCCAGACAUGCCACAGGACGACGGCGAGCUACGUCUGGCCGGACCCCAGCAAUCGCAGGAGGACCGUGGCCGGGCUCAGCACAGGCGCCAGUCAUCCGAGUAUCCACCAGAGGAAGGUGCAGCGCAGCCGUCGGGCCUGGAUCUGCCCCGGACGGAAAACAGACGUCUGUCUGUCGGAUUCCGCCCUCUGCCGCCUGAUGAGAUCAUCGAGUCGGAAGACCCGGAGACACGAGCCAACCGCAUCCGUUCGUUCUACAAGGAAUACUUUGAGGACUCCAAGCCGGACAUGGCCGAGUACAACCAACACUACCCGCCCAAUGGUUUGCCGGCACAAUACCGCAACGCUGCUGCUAAAGGCGGUCCUCAGAGCCCGCCAAACCCCAGUGACUCGGGGGCUUAUUUCGACCCGAACUCGAACACAUUCGUGAUGCCGUAUGCACAGCCCGUCUCUCGGCGUGCUAUGACACCGCCUCCGUCUGGUUCGAGGUUCCCGGCUGGCGGACGUCCCCGUUUUGGUCCGGGCCACCACGGCUCGCUGGGAGGUAUGUCUCCAGGCAUGCGUCCAGGAUCAUCGGCGUCGAACAUCCGGAGUGGUUCCUCCUUGGGCCCUCGUCCGAGCCCGGGUCCUCGCAAGCCGGCUGCACCGCUGGCACCGCCACCAGCUCUGCUUACCCUUCCCACACCGUCUAAGCUGACGGAUGACGGUCUGUCGUUGUUGGGAGCCAUCGACUUCGCCCCGCCUCCUACCAUUGCCGAACACGUAUCUGGCCGGCCGCAGAGCCCGAUGGGUGAGCGGCGGCCGUACCAGAUGAAGGUGCCAGCCAGCUCGCCGUUGGUGUCGGCAUUCGAGGAGAUGGCCGUCCUUCCUAGCCCUCAUGUCCUCCGCAAGUCUAGCACAUUUACUGGCCUGGACUUUGCGCCUCCACGCAAGUUCAAGGACCCUGACGUUAUGAGCGAUGCGGGAAGCAUUCGGAGCAACCGCAGCGGUAUCUCGGCGGCACAGCAGGUGGCCAUUCGCAACGGUGCCGGCCGUAUCAGCCGGUUGCCGGAAGAUACGAUUUUCACACCGGCUGCAAUGGCUGACCAGUUGAAGCCUUCUUGGAACCUGCGCACUUGA